UCCGCUUCCCACGAACGUCAAGUGGAAUGGGGCUCACGUGACCGGAAGCGAAGUGUCCCAUGAAGAGAAGCUGCUGCUGCAGGAGGAGGAGGAGGAGGUGCGAGUGGUGGCAGAGCUGUUUGUGGUACUUGUAAGUCGGGCAGCCGGAGUCUCCUAUACACGCGGUUGUCAUGUGAUCUCCAGAUUUGCCGCUGAGAUGCUUUCGUCUCUCACCUUGGAGAAUGCCCAAGAAUCCAAAGAGGUGAAGCAGAGAAUAACCAAGAAGUUGGCCGCAUCUCUCCGAGCUCUCCAGAUCCGCUAUGUGGCUACGGACGACGUAGUCUCCAGCGAUGAUGACGAUGCCAAUGCUCUGUGUGUGGCACUGGAAGCCGUGUUUAUUCAUGGGCUGAAAGCAAAAUUCAUCAAAGCCCAGACAGAGAAAAGGAACAGGAGAUAUAAAGGUCGUCAUGCACCUCUGCCCCAAACUGCCUACUGGGCACUGCUCAAGGCCAUAACUCACCGCAAUGUGAUUUCAGAACUGGAGAGGGUGAGUUACAUUAACACUGACGUAGGCCGCUGUCGCUCGUGGUUACGGCUGGCUCUUAACGACUGUCUCAUGGAAUGUUAUUUCAUCUCUUUGCAACGAGAGAAAUCAUGGCUUACUGAGUAUUACCAGCCUUUUGCUUUGCUGCUGGAUGCUGAAGGCUGUGACGUGGUGCUCAGCUACUUGCAAGGCUUGGCCUCUUUGACUUUUUCUCUUUCCUACAAAUCUUCCAUUUUGAACGAGUGGACGGCCACCCCACUGUCAUUGGCCGGGCUCUGGGUUGAUGACUCUGACCAUCCUAUAAAUGGGCAAUAUGAACACCACAGAAGGAAAUCUCUGGACUCUGUGUCUCAGUCAUCCAGUUCAGAUGAUACCAACAGCUCUUUGUUAUGUGGAAGCAAAAUGGACCCAAACAGCUCUUCCUUACAGUUCUCUUCCAGUCUUUGCUCUGAGGGACUGCCCCACAAUCAGACCACCUCAAGCGGUAUCCAUUCUGGUUCUGAAAACUCUUCUUGUGAUGCUGACUCAGGCGAGAUGGAGGAAUCUGAUAAAUCUCAUGCAGAGGAAUCUGAAUUUGAUAUCUCUCCGAUGUCCGGAAGAGAUUCUCCCACUGUGCUCCUAACUACUUCCCCCUCGGAGGAGGCCGUACCUCAGUCAGAGAAAGCGAAUACACAGGUCACCGAAUGUCAAGAUGAAUUGGAUGAAAAAGAAACUCCACAGACAGUUUGUGCAUUAAAAGCCAAUUUGAGAACACCCCAUGUAAACAUCAGCUCUCCUCAUCUUGGAACAAGAAAAGACAGGCCUUCAGCCCCUCCAGAGCAGCCUAAACAUGUUAUUUGCCAAAACCUCAAUGCUGAGGUAAGUGACAAAGGCCCAGCGUUUGACAUAAGCCAUGAAAAUGAUGCAUAUGAGAACCAGACUUCUAAGCUUCCUCAGGUCGCACAGAUAUAUGACCAGGCCAAUGGCUGUAUUCAUGAUUGGGACUCAUGUCAGGCAUCAGAGACUCCUCCAGCCUCCCUGGCCUCUGUGACUACUGCAAGUAAGGAUCAGCCUGAAGAAUCUCUCCCUGUACCAGAGCAUCUACCUGUUGCAGAACUACCUAAAAGCCAAAGUUGGAUUUCUGAAGAUGAUUUCCAGAAGCCUGAACCUUCCCUUUCCACGGAAUCAAUCCAGAAUGGGAACUUCCUUCCCUCCCAGCCCCCCAGCAGCGAGAUCUCCGACUUUAGCCAACUCCACAAAGCUUUUAAUGUUGUUCACCGAAGACAGAUUGGCCUCUCCAACCCUUUCCGUGGCCUCCUGAUGAUGGGAGACCUUGAGAGAAGAACCUUGGGGAUGUAUAAAAGCUUUUACUGCGAGCUGACUCCCAUAGAGUUCCGUAUGUUCCUAAAAGGAGAGGACCGGGUGUGUUUGGAGAAUUUCACCCUCAUACGAUGCGAGUCUGUUGGUCCAGUGCAGAGCGACGGUCGUUUUGAAUUACAUUUUCCAGCAAAAAGGCUCCAUUUGCGAGCCCCCUCAGGAGAUGAGGCUCAAGACUGGGUAGAAAGGAUCCGGGAAGCCUUGCAGAAAUGCCGCCCUCAGAAGGAUGACACCUGGGAAGUUUUACAGUUCCCAGACCUCCCCAAAACAGGCCAAGAAAGCCCACUCCUGUCUCCUCAAAGGAACCCCUCGUCUCCUGUUGGAAGUAUAAAGUCAGAGUCAUUCGACUGGGCCUGUCCGUUGAAAUCAGAGCCUGGUGCGCUAAAAGAGGCUGUCUUGUACAUGAAGAUGGAUAAAAAAUGGACGCGCUGUAUUUUCUCCUUAACAGAAAGGGAGCUGAGGUGUUUCCAAGCCAAGAACUCGGAGAAAGUUUUACACAACAUAUUUGGUAUUGAGAUGGUGAGAGACAUUCUGCCUGAUGCCAGUCUCGGAAGCCCAUCCUGCUUCAAACUGGUCACCUCCAAAGGUUCCCUGCAACUGCAGGCCGAGAGUUCUAGCGAGGCCAAACACUGGAGGGAGAUGGUCCGAGACGUGUGCUUGGAACUGGCGGAUGAACUGGCAUUAAUAAUCGGAACUGCUAACUUCCCGAUAAAGUCCCACAUCCGGGAGCAUGCACUAUUUCAGUACUUGCUGUACAUCCCUUCUGAGAAAGGCUUAGACUCUCAGAACGUUAAAUGUGCAGCUUGCCAGAAACAGAUUGGUUUUCAGUUUGGAAAAGCAAAACGCUGCGCUUAUUCAGCACUUUAUUACUGUGAGUGGUGCCAUCAGGACGAGGGCUCUGUCAUUCCUUCUAGAAUGGUGCAUAACUGGGACCUCACAGAGCAAGCCGUAUCAAAACCAGCAUUAAAAUUCCUCAAUAUGGUGCUUAAUGAACCAAUCAUAAAUGUGAUGUCUGUCAAUAGCGGCCUGUAUCAGCACUCGCACACUAUGCACCGUAUCAGCCGCAGUCGAGAGAGACUGAGGCUCCUGGCAGAAUAUCUGCAGACCUGUCGGAGUGGAGUGCUCCAGGAACUGAGCAAGAGCCUGGAUAACCGGACCUACCUGCUGGAAUGCGCUCACACAUAUAGUGUCCAGGAUCUCAGGCAGAUCGCCAGCGGAGCAUUUGAAUCGUUCCUGGGGGCUGCUGUGGAUUUUGCCAUCAAGCACGUAUAUGAUUGUGAUCUUUGCAGCCAAAAAGGAUUUAUCUGCCAAAUCUGCAACCAGGAUGAGAUCAUUUACCCCUUCCAGUUUGAAACUACCACCAGAUGCGGAGACUGUAAAUCUGUCUACCACAUACCGUGCAAAGCAGGCGUGAAACAAUGUCCUCGCUGCCUAAGAAGAAAAAAGUACCAGCAUCAAGAUGUGAAUAUUUAAAUAUAUCUAAGGAGAGGAUGGACUGCACCCUUUGCUCCUGAACCAGUGUCCCUGAACUGCAGCUGAAACCGAUUCAGGUUCUUUCAUUGUUUUGCACAUCUCCACGGUUGUGUUUUGCACAAAAUAUGCCCAUUGGCAAUAGAGAACCCCCCUGGCGUAGAGUCCUGCGCGGAACCAAUUGAUAAGACCCGGACCCAACCCGAAUCUGCUACCCGACCCGCAACUGCCUUAUCCGCAACCCGUCAACCACCAUUAAACAGGAAGUGAUGUUGCAGCAAACUGGACGUGACAUCAUCAAAAGUGGGCAUGGACGGAAAAAAUGUUUUGUAAAAUAUAGACAAUAUAACAUAAUAUAAGAAGUUUAAAUGAGACCGGCAACCCGACCUGCACCUCUCCGACCCGAAACCUGCGGGUUUACACGUGUAUCGGGCGGGCUCGGGCCGACUGCAGAAAUGUGCACAGAAUCUUCGGGUUGCGGAUAGGUGCGAUUCGAGCUCUUCUCCAGCUCUCCCAUACCGCAACCUAGUACUGCUGGCUUCCUGCACCGGAAUUUAUAGACUUCCGCCUGCCUCCGCCCCUUUUGUGACGUCACUGCAGGGCAGGCGCAGGUCUAUAAAAAGAGGGCAGGAGCGGGCCGGGUGCGGUUCGGGAGGGGUGGCGGGUUACCCGCACAUUACUACGCUGCAGCACUCUACCCUGAAACACUCUGCUGUUGUGAGGGGAGUUCUACCCAAACACUUAACAGCAUUGACAGACACAGGUUCUUUAAGAACUCUGUGCUUCAUUAACUCUGCUUACCCAUGACAAGGUAUACGGUUCUGAUGCAUUGUAUAUACCACGUGCAUACUGCUCAGGACUGCUGAAGGAUUUCAAGCAGCCUUGUUCUGUUCCUUUCAAUGCUGACAUCACUUUAGAGACUGACUAUAUAUAUAUAUAUAUAUAUAUAUAUAUA